CAUGGCCAUCAACAAUGGUGUGACGAACAAGAGGAACUCACCACUGGUUUAUUUAACGUUUGUAUUGGGCUGCCUGGUCAUGGUCCUGCUUCUGGUCAAUGUCUACUUCUUCAUGCUCUUGGGGAUUGGACAUGCCAGCAAUGCUCCAGAUAAGCCAGAUGAAUCAGAGAAGAAGGUCACGACACGACCGGUAAUUUUAAUAACUAAACUCUCACGUCAUUUGACUCAAUCGAUUUUGUGAAUGGCUUAGCACAACAACAUAAACAUAAACAUAAACAUAACAUAAACAUAAACAAAAACAUAAACAUAAACAUAAACAUAAAUAUAAGCAUAAACAUAAAUAUAAGCAUAAACAUAAACAUAAACAUAAAUAUAAAAAUAAACAUAAACAUAAAUACAAACAUAAAUAUAAACAUAAACAUAAACAUAAAUAUAAACAUAAACAUAAACAUAAGCAUAAACAAAGAGUGAAGUUUUAUCUUAAGAUGACCCGUUUUUUUUGUUAAAUUCAACAUUCUAUCGCCCGACAUUUCUUAAACUAUUUCUAUUAAACAACAUAAAUAAUGAUCCCACCUACUCCGCCCUCUGACCCGCGCCUUGUUAAAACUGUGCACCUCUACCACCACCCCACCCAGCCCCACACCCCCACACCCCACACAAGAGCACACAGUUUUUGUUAAGUCAUAUCGCCCUCAAAUGGAAUAUAUAGAAAAUUACGAAUAGCUUAUUUAUAACUUUGUCAAUUGUUAUUCAAUUAGUAUAAAAUACAUAUUAAUUUGGUUUCUAUGAGGCAGUAUAAUAUACGUUUAUUUUAAUGUAUUGAAAAAUUUCAUACACACACAUUUGAUUUGUCUAGAAAGCUAGCGUGUGUCAUUAGAUUCCUCAACUUGGCCCAUCAUUAAGUUUCCUUUAGUAAAGCGACUCGCCCUUUUUUUUUUAAAACUCAAUAAAUACGUUCCAUAAUUGCUAUUGGUUUAUAGUUUUAUCAGAAAUGUAACAUCAGAAACAACAGCGUCCAUAACAAGUUUUCUUGGGAAAGCAUUUCAAUUGUGCAAUAAAUAAUGCCAUUUGUGCACUGCCCACCCCAAACUUAGGUGUGCACGACCAAAGCGUGCGUGGCGAUAAGCGCCACCAUCAUAGAGAAGAUAGAUUGGUCAGCGAAUCCCUGCGAAGACAUGUACCAAUUUGCAUGUGGUCAUCAUGGCUCCAAGGAAACAUCGGAUGGGCUCCUUCUAAAUUUUGAAAUUUCCACCAAUCGAUUCAAGGAGGAUUUAUCAAAGGUCAAGUAUUUUAAACUGGAUUUAGUUCGACCACUCCCGACAUCCAUCCACUGGAUCGGAUCAUUUAUAGUUUGAAAUUUAAUUCAGUGAAGUAAAGUUUGAUUUAGGAUCUCUUAUAUGUAAAAAUUUCAACACACAUUAGGUUAGGGCGCUGGCAGAAAUAACCAUAGAACCUCCGUUUCUUUAAGGCAUUUUAAUUCUCUUUAUCUGUGCACUGCAGCAGCGUAGCCCGGAGGCGGGGAAAGGUGGGGUGGGCAUGGGUUUGGAGAAACAUUUUUAAAGCUUUGUUUAGGUAAUUUGUAAAUUGAAAGACUUAACACAGAUCGCUUGAACGCCUGUAUGUUUGAUGUAGAGGGACGAAGCACCUUCCUUUACUUUUUCAUAUCUCAAACCCACUAUUUUCAUUAAUAAAAUAAUAUCAAGGCAGAUUUGACACCCCCAUUUCGUCUGUCGCCCAGGGACAUAUGUCCCCCCUGUCCCCUUUGCUACGACUCUGCAGAGAUGUGCCGGUUUUACAUGGCCCACCCUGCAUUUGAUAGAAAAGUUGAUGUAAGAGUCGUUUCCAUCAUAUUUUUUUAAUACCAGUAAACAUCACCCGAUGUGAUCGGAAUAAUAUUGGUAGUCAGUUUGCCAUAACAUCCACCUGCUACUGCGAAAACGGACCCCAAUUCCAUAUUUUUUAUUUUUUUUAAAGUAUCUAUGCAAUGGUGUUUACGUUCCAAACAUAAAAGAAUUAAGAAGAAUUUUUCUGCCAAAUAGUAUUCGCCUACUCUAACCCUUUUCGUGCCACUUAACAACCAUUACUGGUUUUCUACAAACACGUCCUUAAAUUACCAAAUCUAAAUUAUCAUUUAUUAAAUCAUUAUUGUCAAUAAAUGAGUUAAUUGAUGGCAGAUUUCUACGCUAGAGAAAUACUUGAGUUUUCUUGUGCCUUUAAAUUGUUAGAUGUUGGGCCUACACUACCUCUUUCUUUCCCAUAAACCAAUCUUUUUUCUCUAAAAAUUGUGAAAACUUAUUCCUAAAUGUAUAAAAAAAAAUUGUAUAUACCAUUUUUGAUAAACUUGAUAUUAACGGAAUUUGAUAUACAGUUAUCUUCAGUACAAAUUGAACAAAAUUUUGCCUUUGUUUUCUACUAUAUUAUCGUAAAAUCCUAUAACUUAUAACAAAGAAUAAUUGUUUCUAAAGAAGUAUCUCUUCACCGUUUUUCCCGUCUGUAACUGCCUUUGGUGUUGUUGUUUUUUUUUUGUUGUUUUUUUUAUAGAAAUAUUAUUAAUCUCAUAAGAAAAAUAUUCAUCCACUUUUGUUUUUUGCACAGUGAAUUUUUUUUUUAAAAAUGUCUUUUUCUCAAAAUUACAUUUUUACAUGUGUUAGAUAAUUGUAUUUUGAUAUUCAUGGGCGUACUUGUUAUAGUGGACUAGCGGAAUAUACCAUCCGUAUAGCCAACUAGGUCAAAAAGCGUGCAUGGGCAGGACCUGUAGUGUGAGUCUGCAUGGGCAGUGUGUUCCGGAGUCAAGCAUAGAGUCAACAUUGUUGGGAACUUGUGUUAUAUGUAUGUUUAAGUUAAUGUUUAUUUUGGAAAUAAAAUCAUUAAAAAAUGGUGGCCAGUAUAAUAAAUAAUCCAAAUGAUGAUACAGAAAAAUGAAGUAAUGUUGAAGUUAGCAACAAGGAAUACGUCUAUUCAGACUAAAUUUGCAAGUCUUAAUAGUAAUGAAGAAGCCUUCACUGACUAUUAAGCUAGAUAUGUGACUUGAGUGUUAGCAAACAAUGUGCCGAAGGGAAAACAAGCACAAAUUUUCCUAGCUAACCCAACAUCGAACUCCACAAAAUGUUAUCAACACGGGUGAAACAGAGAGACCCACCACGAGACCUAAAUAAAUUAACAAUGGAAGAAGUUUAUUUGUUAAUGGUGGAACUGCCUGAUCCCACAAAAUUUGUGAUAAGAGAAUGAUUUAAGUUUUAGUCGAAUUCAAGUAGAAAGCCAGGGGCGAUAAUCAAGGAAUCGGAGGCUAGCAUAAGACAGGAAGCAGCAACGUGUGAGUUUCGUAAUUUAAAAAAUCCACUGAAUGAAGCUUUAAGGACAAGAUUUAUGUUUUCUUUCAAGAAUGAAGCUGUAGUAAACUUUUUGUUUAGAAUAAAGGACACUGAAUUAUCAUUUCACAAAGCAGUUGAAAUAGCUGUUGAAACAAAAGAGGCGGCUAAGUGUACCAAGGAAACUGUCCAUGAAAAACUCCAGUCAACAUAGUUCAGACCAGUGUGUUAGACCCAUUAGACAGGUAUGGUAAAAAAAAAAAGACUAGUCCUCCAAAAAUUAGUAUCUUUUUCAUGUUUAAUAAACUGGCAUCCUUUAAGAUGUUCAUUCCAACUAACUUGUGAAGAGUACGAGUCAGCGUCUGGUGACCAACUUAAUGUUUUGGGAGGUGUGAAGAUAAACGCUGAUGCAAGCGCAUUAUCCACUUAUCUGUCAUUUGUGGGAGUAAAAGAUCACUACUUAAAUUUGUUGGGCAGAACCGCAAUAAGAAACCUCAAUAUUUCAAUAGACAGACUUUUUUUCAAACACUGGUCAAUCAAUCACAUUGGCAAUCAAAGCAAGUGGAUUAAAGUGCUGGAUGGAAAAAUGCAUUUUUGCCCAACAAUCAUUUGAAUAUUUAGGGCAUAAAUUAUCAAGCAAUGGCAUAUCAAAAGGAGCCAAAGUAGAUGCAGCUAUAUCCAUGCCGGCACCCACAGAUAUGUCCAGUCUAUGGUGAUUUCUUGGUCAAGUGCAGUUUACAACAAGUUCUCUCCAGAUCUAUCAACUGUGCUUGAGCAUUAGUAUUAUUCAACUAAAAAAACUUAUCAUGGAACUGAAAAACAGAAUACGAACAAUCUUUUAGGAAAGUCAAGCAAUCGCUUUCUUCUAAUACAUUUUUCGCUCACUGUGACCCAACUUUAGACAUAGACAUAGCCUGUGACGCCUCUAAUGUUGGUAUAUGAAGUGUUCUGUUCCACAGAAAUCCUGAUGGCAGUGAACGCCCUAUCGCUGACAUUUCAAAAACUCUCACUGUGUCAAAACGCAAAUACAGCCAGAUUCAGAAGGAAACACUGUCAAUUAUUUUUGCACUAUCAAAUUUCCAUCAGUAUCUGCAUGGAAGAAAGUUUGUUUUGGUUAUUUUUUAAACCGGAUAUCUUAAAUAGUUCUUCUGACGGGUCUCCAUGAAUAGUCGCAAAAGACAUCUAAAUUGGUCGCCUAAAUCAUAAAAGUAAACAGAUCUGCUAAAUAAUUGUAAUACAAGCCGGUGAUGCGUGAACACACUUGUUAUGCCGUCAGUAAAAAUGUUUAUGAACAUGCUAAUGAUUAAUUUCAACCUAUAAAUCAAUUGAAAAACCAUAGGUUUCUUAACUUUUUGGAGGGUUAAAUUAAACUAAAAUACUAGGGAAAAUAUUUCUCUAGGAUUAUUCAAUAUUGUUCAACUUUGCCUAUGACAAUAUUGAUGAGCAUGAUAAUGAUAAAUCAAAAUGAAUAUCACAAAGGGAUGACUUGAAUAAACCUAGGGUUCAAAAUUUUAUUUUUGAAAUAUUAAAAUGAAAAUAAUGACAUGAUUUUCACUAUUCCACUAGUUUUUCUACCUCAAAACUGUUUACAUUUGCCUAGGCCUAAUUGAAAUUUAAUUUUUCGGAGAUAAAGUACAAGAAGGUCAUCACGUAACUGUGAGCAGUUUUCGCAGAUUAUUAGUCAUAUACAUAGACUGACAGCAAGGUGUUCAGCAAUGAUGAAUAUCGGAUUGUUGUUUUAGAGAAAGACAACAGUCUGACUUCUGGUAGAUGACUGAAAACCCCAAGUCACUUUCGGCCACAUGGCCGAAACCGAAAAUAAACUUACUUUCGUGAUUAAAAUAAGAGAUAUUGUUUGUUUUAAAUUCGCCUUCUUGAUAUUUUAAGGAACAAAUGCCUUUUUACUUUGAUCUUCGUUUAGAUCUUAUCAUCCAAUGAUAACCGUUUGUAUGGCAGAGAAUCGAGUGCCCUGG